UAAGGAAAACUUGCUUUAUUGAAACCAAACCACCAAAUACAUAACAAAAGAUGACUGCCACCUAGUGACUACAUGGCAGUAGUGCACCAAGACAAAUAGCUCCAUAGCUCUCUGGUCAGAAAUUCAGCCCCAAGUAUAAGCAAACAUUUCUGGAAAACUGAAUUGUUUAAAGUGUCCAAAGUGAGGAAAAUUCCCGCAUUUCCUUGGGAAACUGUUCCACAGUCUGAUACAUCUCACUGACAGAAGAUUUCCCUGAAAUUCAACCUCAAUUUUCCCUUUCAUAAUUCCAUGUUAUUAAUCUUAGUUAUAACCCAGUGUAAGACAUGGAACAGUUUCUCUCUUCAUUGUUUUUCCCUUCAGAUCUUGCAGACAGUUAUUUUGUCACCAUGCCCAUCUGUCUCCUGUUAGCCCUCCAGCUCCCUUAUCAUUUUUGUAACGGUUCUUCAAACAACCUCCAGUUUGUCUAUAUCUCUGGUAACAAGGUGACCAGAACUGAAUCAAUAGUCCAGGUCUGGUCUCCCAUUAGUAAGGGGAGGGGCUGCUUGUCCACUUUGCCUUGUAACAGAAUGCCUCUGUGAAUGCAUACAGAAAUUGUAGUGGUCUUUUAAACUUGUAUUUAUAUCUAACUUGCUGUCCAUUAUCACCCUGGUACAGUACCACUUUUUGAUUAAAAACCUAGAACAAUACAAAAUUAAUAUGGCACACAUUAAAUGGAUUAAAAACUGGCUAAAUGAUAGGUCUCAAAUUGUAAUUGUAAAUGGGGAAAUCAUCAAGUAGCUGUGUUUCUAGUGUGGUCCCCCAGGGAUCAGUUUGUGCCUGUAUGCUAUUUAACAUUUUUAUCACUGACCUAGAAGAAAACAUAAAAUCAUCUCUGAAAAAGUUGGCAGAUGACACAAAAAUUGGGGGAGUAGCAAAUAAUGAAGAGAACAGGUUGCUGAUACAGAACAAUCUGGAUCACUUGGCACAAACAAACAAUGUGUGUCUUAAUAUGGAUGAAUAUAAAUGUAUACAUCUAGGAACACAGAUGUAUCUGGGAAGCAGCGAUUCUGAAAAAAGAUUUGGGGGUUGUGGUGGAUAAUCAACUGAACAUGAGAUCCCAGUAGUCGAAAAGAUUAAUAUGAUCCUUGAAUGCAUAAAUAGGGAAAUCUCAAGUAGGCACAGAGAGUUUAUUUUACCUCUGCAUUUGGCACAGGUACAACCACUGCUGGAAUACUGGGUCCAGUUCUGGUGUCCACAAUUCAAGAAUGCUGUUGAUAAACUGGAGAGGGUUCAGAAAAAAGCCUUGAGAAUGAUUAAAAGAUUAGAAAAUGUGCCCAACAGCGAUAGAUUCAAGGAGCUCAGUCUAGUUAGUUUAACAGAGAUGGUCAAGGGGUGACUUGAGCACAGCCUGUAAGUAUCUACACGGGGAACAAAUAUUUAAUAAUGCAUUCUUCAGUCUGGCAGAAAAAGGUAUAACGAAACGUAAUACCUAGAAGUUGAAGCUAGACAAAACAAGACAGUGAGAGUAAUUAACCAGUGGGACAACUUACUGAGCAUCGUGGUGGAUUCUCCAUCACUGACAAUUUUUAAAUCAAGAUUGGAAGUUUUUUCUCAAAGGUAUUGCUCUAGGAAUUAUUUUGGGGAAGUUCUAUGGUCUGUGUUAUACAGGAGGUCAAAGAUGAUCACAGUGAGCCCUUCUGGCCUUGGACUCUAUGAAGCCGUUGGUCUACCAAGGCUGCUAACUUGUAGGUCCUCAUUUGUUUGACCCUAAUCAUGUCACCAGCGAGGUCUUGGCCCAUUGAUUCUACCCCUCAGUUCCACAUUCUGAUCCUGCGGAGCCUUCACUGGGUCAAGGGUCAGGACAUCACUAUGAUACCCCCUGUCCCUUAUGUUAGCAGCACCUGGGCUAGGCCGGUGAGGUCAAAGGCCAUCCUCCUCCUGCAGAGCGUCCAAGUGAGCCCAGGCCUGAUAGGCGGCCGGGGUCAGAGCUCACACCACCGUGCCCCGCGGAGCCGCACCGGAGCCAAAGUCCACAAGGUCACGCCUCAUUCUGUGCACAGCCCUGACGGGGUCAGAGGUCACCGAGCGCUGUACGCUGCUGCCUCUGCGGCGAGGCGGCCGGAUCGGAGAGGCCUGGCUAGGCCCGAGCGCCGUCUCCGUGCUAUUUCCGGAAAUCCGGUCCCGGGGAUGCUGCUCUAGGCAUCGGGCGCCUUUUCUAUGGUAACUGGCCGAGGUGUGGGCGCCGCUCUAGGCGAGCGUUGCGGCCUCUGUGGUCCGUGCUGUUAAGCCGAGCCCGGCCUGGCUGCGAGGUGGCCUGUGCUGUCUCGUCCCGGCAGUGCUGAGGAAAUCACCCAGUGUCUCCUUUUGCGGCAGAUGUGCUUCGGCUUUCCCCUGGUUGUGUGCGAGCUGCCGUGGGAAUGGCAGGACAGUUCCGUAGCUAUGUCUGGGACCCUGUCCUCAUUCUGACGCAGAUUGUCCUCAUGCAGGCAGUCUAUUACAGCUCCUUGGGGCUCUGGCUAGCUCUGGUCGACAGCCUGGUGCAGAAUAGUCCUUCUCUUGACCAAAUUUUCAAUUAUGAGAUCUUGGGAUUCUCUACCCCACCUGGAAGACUUUCCAUGAUUGCUUUCAUCCUCAAUGCACUCACCUGUGCUUUGGGCUUGUUGUACUUUAUCCGGCGAGGAAAGCAGUGUUUGGAUUUCACAGUCACAGUUCAUUUUUUCCAUUUGCUGGGUUGCUGGAUUUAUAAUGCACACUUUCCCACAGCUCUAACAUGGUGGCUAGUGCAUGUUGUAUGUACGGCGCUCAUGGCUGUGAUUGGGGAGUAUCUCUGUAUGAGAACAGAACUCAAAGAAAUCCCAUUGAAUUCAGUCCCCAAGUCCAGCGUAUGAACUUGUUCUAGGGAUGCGUUGCAUCAGGCCAUAGUUUCCAGCACCUUGGCAGUUACACAAGUCAAUGCCAGAAAACUUCAUUAAAUAAGCACAGCAGGUCUGUUUGGACUUUUUUAGAUCUUGGUGGCUGCAUGAGUGUGACGAUCUCUGCUGUUGCCAGAAGACAGUGAACAAAGCAGAAGUUUUAUUUUAAUAACACAAGGCGUUUAACAUGACUAUUCUAUGUGAGCCCUUUCACUAUUCAUUCGAGUGAUACGGACCAGGAAAAAGUCAGGCAACAAAACCUAGAGCAUGAGAAGCAACUGGAAUUUAACCCAUGUGCAAGGUCUUUAGAGUGCAUGUUGGACCUGGGAUGAUCACACCUUCUGGGAGAAACGCACGGGGAUUGACUAGGAGCUGCUUCUUACAUCUUCUAACGCAUUUUUCCUUUGGUUGAUUUUUGUUUUAAAAUCAAGGAGCUAAACUGAUGUAGUAUUAAAAAUAAUUAUCUUUGUCUCAGUCACCAGUUGUGAACCUAUAAGGCCUGUACGCUUAUAUGGGCUUGGUUAUUGUUCCUGUGUUUAGUUCCUAGAGUAGAUGUAAGGCAACAUAUGUUGCUGGAUUGAAGACACUUUUUUAACAAAAAUAGGAAAAAUGGUAUUAAGUUACCUUCAGUGUGUUACGAGCCUUCUGGUGAGCUGAGCACUUUUUGAGCUACACAAUGAAUAUCCACAUCACAGCAAUGGAGUAUGGUCUGGCCAGAAAGGAACACCAAUGGUCACUUUCUAGGGUUUGUAAAACUUCCCACAAUGAAUGUUAAACACCACAAUCCAGGAGCCAGUGAAAAUGAAUCAGUUUAUUCUCAUCUUGCAUGGAGGGUUGGCCAUAACAUUCACCAAAUGUUGAAUCUUGCAUUGAGUUGGUUGAGGGGAGCUUUCUGCUGUGUGUUACAAGCACCAUUUCAUCAUUCCCACUCUGUAGUAACCUGCGUCUUCCUACCAGUCAUCAGGUUCCAGUACUUACUCCUGCUUGAAGGCUGCCACCAAAGACUGUUUUCCAAAAUUGGUAGGUGUUUCUUGCUGCAGGACGCCAUACUUGGGACUGUUAUUUGUCUCUUAUUCUAUUAACGAGAUGGUGCCUUUGAUUGAUAGGCAAUUUAAAUAGAACCUCCCUUCUCAUAAGGCACCGACCCCAGUAUUUCCAAUGAAAGGAGUAGGCCAAAUGGUUUCCUAGGGUCCUGCAUUCCAAGCGGUCAGACUUACCUCUAGUUGUGUAGUUUCCUCUAAGGGAUAUUAAAUCUGUGCUGUCUGUGUGUCAUUCAAAUUUAGGGGUAAACUAUGAUUUUAAUGUUGAAAUUCCCUUUUUCCUGUGUGGCUUGCUGCUGCCAACCUCUUUCCUUUGUACAUUAAUAUUGGUGAACAUUAUUAGUUUGAGUAAAUUAUAUUUGCUAAA